AUGUCAACGUUGGCAACAGCGAACCUAUCGUCUGAUGAAGAAGAUGGUGAUUUCGUGCCCACUUCACCUCGACCGAAGAAAAAGCAAAAGCAAAAGCAAGUAAAGAGGACACGGGGCCCAAAAGCCAUAGAAGGAUCUCCUUCUUCUUCUUCUUCAUCAUUAUCCACAUCGACCUCUGACUCGGAAGGUGAACGUGACGACGAUGAACUUGAACGUGAGCAUGGGAAGAAGAAGAUAAAAUUAGAUGAGAUUGAAGAGAGACGUAAGAGAGCAAGAGAAGAAUUUGAAAGGAUGAAAGAAGAAUCAUCGGGUAUAUCAAAUACAAGUACACAUACGUCGAACAUCGUCAAUACAGAUGCAAAUGCGGAUAACAACACCAAUCGGAAUGAGGGUGACAUCGUCGAGUUAAGAAGAGCUAGGAGGUUUGCUGGUGAGACUAUUUAUGAGAUUGUCAAGUUGAAAAAGGAUGAUCCAGAAGCUGUUGCCUACUUGUCAAAUAGUCGGACCGAUAAGAAAGAAGGAGUGGAUAUACCGACAUCUACAAAUGAUGAUGAUGCAAGCCCUGUUCCCGAUUCUCUAGCCAGCAAGGAGGAAAACGCCAAUGACUCGUCAAUACCUAUCUUGUCCUCAUCGGCAAUAUCGUUGGAAAAAGCAUUACCGCCUAAACCGAAAGGACCACCACCACCUAUACGUAGAAAACCACGUCAGAGUCUAGAAGCAAUGUCUGCAGCAUUGGAUAAAGGGAAAAAAAUGACUACUUUAGAAAAGUCACAAAUGGAUUGGAAAUCACACACAUCUUCAUCAACAGGUCUGUCAGAUGAGUUGAAUGCGAAUAGGAAAAAUGGAGGGUAUUUGGAUAAAAGAGAUUUCUUAGAUAGAGUAGAUGAAAGAAGAUCAGCUGGAUUCGGUCCUGGUUCUAAUACCACAGGUGGUCGUCGAUGA